CCCAAGAACUAGAAGUUAUUACACACCCAAAGCCCAAACCUAUUAUGACCCGAAGACCAAACAUCAUUGGGUGGGGGCGGUGCCACGUCAGACAUAGUUUUGCAGAAAUUCUACGUUACGUGUUCACCAAUUACCGCAUCAUACGCAGGGACAAAACUGUCAUCUUUUCUAGUUAAAUACCAAUUAUCUCCCUCAAUCAUCCCCAGGCUAUAAGGUUAUAAACGUCAAUUAAACCACUCUUCUCGAGUCUCUUCCUUACGCCUCUUUCCACUCCCAAUUUAUUCCGCCCCUCCCCUCCUCCUCUGCAUCUCAUCUCUGGUAAUUCAAUAUUCAUGGCCGCUAUCUCAAGCUUUUCCUCUCACCCAAACCCUAAUUCCAACCCCAAUUUCAUCUCCCCCAUGCUCCAACCCUACCUCGAGCAGCAGCAGCAACGGAUUCAAUCAGAUCCGCCGCCGGAUGAUGUGACCCGCUACGACGCCGUUUCCGACAUCUACGGCCGCGAUUCUUCCGCUGCUACCAACAACAAUUCCCCCAUCCACAAUCCUAACCCCGAUCCCAGUUCGAUCUCCCCCAUGCUCCAACCCUACCUCGAUCAACAGCACCAACGGAUUCUGCCGGACCCACCGUCAGAUGAAGGAAACGCCGUUUCCGAGAACGGAAGCAUCAAUUCGUUAACUUCAACCAACAACAAUUCCACCGUCUCGAACCCUAACUCAAACCCUAGCCCAAUCAAGCUCCUCCACCUCUCGUUCAACCAGGACUAUGGCUGUUUCGCAACCGGCACUGACCGCGGGUUCCGAAUCUUCAACUGCGAUCCCUUCCGCGAGAUCUUUCGCCGGGAUUUUGAAGGAAACGGUGGGGGUGUUGGCGGUGGAGGUGUUGGCUCCGUUGAGAUGCUCUUCCGAUGCAACAUCCUUGCUUUAGUCGGAGGUGGCGAUUCGCCUCAGUAUCCGUUGAAUAAGGUCAUGAUUUGGGAUGAUCAUCAAAGCCGGUGUAUUGGGGAACUAUCCUUUAGGUCUGAAGUGCGCGGGGUUCGUUUAAGAAGGGAUCGGAUUAUUGUUAUUCUCGAGCAGAAAAUUUUCGUGUACAAUUUUGCUGAUUUGAAGCUCCUGCAUCAGAUUGAGACCAUUGCAAACCCCAAGGGACUCUGUACGGUGUCACAGGUUGCGGGGUCGUUUGUAUUGGUUUGUCCAGGGUUGUUGAAGGGCCAGGUUAGGGUGGAGCAUUACGCAUCAAAGAGGACUAAAUACAUCAUGGCUCAUGAUUCGAGAAUCGCUUGCUUUUCACUGUCUCAAGACGGGAAUCUGCUGGCAACUGCUAGCAGUAAGGGGACGCUGGUUCGGAUAUAUAAUACACAGGAUGGGAGUUUGCUACAGGAGGUACGGAGGGGUGCAGACAGGGCAGAAAUAUAUAGCCUGGCGUUCUCGCCAACUGCCCAGUGGCUGGUAGUCUCAAGUGAUAAGGGCACUGUUCAUGUUUUUGGCCUUAAGGUUAAUUCUGGAAUCGUUGGGAGUGAGAGGUCGAGUAGUCCUGAUCCAGCUGCGACUUCAAGUUCUUCUCUGUCUUUCAUUAAAGGAGUGUUGCCAAAGUAUUUCAGCUCAGAAUGGUCAGUGGCGCAGUUUCGUUUGCCAGAAGGAUCCCAAUAUAUUGUUGCUUUCGGUCACCAGAAAAAUACAGUGGUAAUUCUUGGCUUGGAUGGAAGUUUUUACCGAUGCAAGUUCGACCCAGGCAGUGGUGGGGAGAUGACACAAUUGGAGUAUCACAAUUUUCUAAAGCCUGAAGAUGCUUUUUAAGGAUGGAUUAAUUGCGUGCCAGUCAUCUUUCUCUUGCCUGCUAAUUUAUGGGUUUUAUUAUCAUCAUCAUCAUCAUGUACAUAUUAAAUGUAUAUUUAACUAGCGGUGUGAAACUUCAAGGACUUGGCUGUGCAAAUGAAAAAACUAAACAUUAAACAAAUCUGCUUGUUUAUAUUAUAUAUCUUUUCAUUUUUACUG